AUGUCGGUUUCGAGACCCGGAUCUCCAAUUUGGCUGGGAAACCCCGACAUCCCCCCUCAGAGAGAUGGGUUCUACGUGAUCAAAGGUGUUGGCGGGGUGUAUAUCCCAAAGUUAUUGCUGGUCUUGGGAAAGGAAUUGAAGGGGUUCACAGGGAAAGUGCUUAGAAAGGCACUGGGGUUGGAUUCCUUACAGAAGCACUGCCGCUCAGGGUUGUCCUAAACCA